AUGGCAGUGCCUACGUGUAGCGCCCCAAUCCCCUCGUGGAGCCGGCAAAGACGCAGGUCGCAAGUCGCAAGUCGCAAGUCGCAAGUCGUACAUCCAGACAGACCCGCCGUGCAGGCAGUACCAGGUUGCAGCUACCCGGCCGCUGCACCCGCACCUGCAGCAACCAAGUCUCUUGUCGCCUUUGGGUGGAGUGGCUGGAAAGCAAAGAGGAGGCUGGAGCUGGCCGUCCAUCUCUACCGGUACGGUACCGUGCCCCAAGGACCUUAG